AUGUCAAUAAAUAAGGUUCAAUCAUUCCUUAAACAACGUCUUAAUGAAUAUCAUGUCAAUGAAACUAUUCUGAUGACCUUUAUUAUGCAAAAUGCUUCAGCAUCAACACAAAAAAUAAAUGAAAAUGAUUUAAAAACAUUUUUAAAAAAUGUUGAUUCAAUAUUUACAUCUAUUGCCAAUCGACAGUUAGAUCGUUUAUUUUCAAUGCGUGAUUCGUAUAAAUUUGUUGAUCAUCUUAUAAACUGUUUUCAACAAAAGAAAAUUGCUAUUGAACGUAAUCAUUUACAACAAAAAGAAUUAGAAGAAAAAGCAUCAAAUUCUUUAAAAGAAGAACAACAAUUAAAAGAGAAAUUAGAUGUAUUAAUUUCAUAUACAAAACAAUUUAAAGAACAGGUAGCAAAGGAAAUUUCGGUGAAAAAAUGUCAAAAUCGACGUAUCAAUAUAACGGGCGAAAUCAAUACAUUAUGA